AUGCCAGCAGGUUGGCCAAUCAUUCACACCACCCCGGAGGCCAAGCUUGCAGCAGAACGUGAAAAGCAGCGCAACUAUUAUGCUAGGCACAAGGCCAGCAUCAAUUUGAAACGGCAGCUUGCUUCACAUCACAUGCCAAACACCUGCAAAAUGGACUCCCAGGCUAUCGAUGUGCUGGAGGCAGAUACUGCGCAUGAUCUCUCCCCUGAGCCCAAGACACUUUCAGAUUGCUUAGGGAUCGUGAGAGAUGCCAAGAACAAGCUGGUUGCUCUCGCUCCAACACCUAUUGCAUACGUGGAACAACUUCUCCACAAAUAUGUUGCAUCCGUCCCAGAUGCCACCGACGGUGAAGCCACAAGUGGAGAUAUUUCCAUAAUUAAGGAUGCCAUCCAGACCAUUGGAAGUAUCCACGACAAGGCGCACCAUGGUCAUGAUAGGAUUUGGGACAUAUGCGGAGUCUGUGAUGAGUGGAGGGCCACUGAAGAAGAUAUCUUGUGGUAUCUCAACAUAAGCUAUGGUGAGCUUGCCUACGCUUUCGUGGCCAAGGAGUUGAUGUAUCAAAACGACGAUGAUCUGAGCCUGUAG